AUCCCGACAGGCCCAGCGGCUGGGAGCGUCACGUGAGACCGGGCGGUGGACGGGGGAGGCUUGUCUCCACUGUUUCUUGGUCUCAAUGGUUGUCAGAGGUGGGCAUCUUUGACGGAGGAGCUGCUGGAGCUCCAGUGUGGACGGGAUGUUUCGUCUUAACAAACUUUCUGCAUUGGCAGAACUGGCUGUGCGCUCUCGAUGGUACCACGGAGGAUCACAGCCCACCCAAAUCAGGCGAAAACUAAUGAUGGUGGCUUUCCUGGGAGCAUCUGCAGUAACUGCAAGUACUGGUCUCUUGUGGAAGAGGGCACAUGCAGAAUCUCCACCAUGUGUAAACAACCUAAAGACUGAAAUUGGUGAUAAAGGGAAGAGUAAAGAUGAAGGGGAAAUUUGUAACCAUAAGAAAAAGAGUGCAGAUCUUGAACCUUAUCCAGAAGAGAAAAAGAAGAAACGUUGUGGAUUCAGAGACAGAAAAGUGAUGGAAUAUGAGAAUAGGAUUCGAGCUUACUCUACACCAGACAAAAUCUUCCGAUAUUUUGCCACCUUGAAAGUAAUCAAUGAGCCUGGUGAAACAGAAGUAUUUAUGACGCCACAAGAUUUUGUGCGAUCCAUAACACCCAAUGAAAAACAACCAGAACACUUGGGGCUGGAUCAGUAUAUAAUAAAACGCUUUGAUGGAAAGGUUAAAUUCUCCAAAAAGAAAAAGAAAAUGUUAUACAGGAAAAUUUCCCAGGAACGAGAAAAAUUUGCUGAUGAAGGCAGUAUAUUUUACACCCUUGGAGAAUGUGGGCUCAUAUCCUUUUCAGACUACAUUUUCCUUACAACUGUUCUUUCCACUCCUCAGAGAAAUUUCGAAAUUGCCUUCAAGAUGUUUGACUUGAAUGGAGAUGGAGAAGUAGACAUGGAAGAAUUCGAACAGGUUCAGAGCAUCAUUCGAUCCCAAACCAGUAUGGGUAUGCGUCACAGAGAUCGUCCUACUACUGGUAACACCCUCAAGUCCGGUUUGUGUUCAGCCCUCACAACGUACUUUUUUGGAGCUGAUCUCAAGGGGAAGCUGACAAUCAAAAACUUCCUUGAAUUUCAACGUAAACUUCAGCAUGAUGUUCUGAAACUAGAGUUUGAACGCCAUGACCCUGUGGAUGGUAGAAUUACUGAGAGGCAGUUUGGUGGUAUGCUGCUAGCCUACAGUGGGGUGCAGUCCAAGAAGCUGACCGCCAUGCAGAAGCAGCUCAAGAAGCACUUCAAAGAAGGAAAGGGUCUGACAUUUCAGGAGGUGGAGAACUUCUUUACUUUCUUAAAGAAUAUUAAUGAUGUGGACACUGCAUUGAGCUUUUACCAUAUGGCUGGAGCAUCUCUUGAUAAAGUGACCAUGCAGCAGGUGGCCAGAACAGUGGCUAAAGUGGAACUCUCCGACCACGUGUGUGAUGUGGUGUUUGCACUCUUUGACUGUGAUGGCAAUGGGGAGCUGAGCAAUAAGGAAUUUGUUUCCAUCAUGAAGCAACGGCUGAUGAGAGGCCUGGAGAAGCCCAAGGACAUGGGCUUCACCCGCCUCAUGCAGGCCAUGUGGAAAUGUGCACAGGAAACUGCCUGGGACUUCACUUUGCCCAAACAGUAACGCAGAACGGCAAGAGGGGGCCACCUCCUCUACCCAAGCACCCUGGACCCCCUUGAGCAGAGCCUUGAUACAGCCCUUUGUGCUGCUCCUUGUGGAAGUCGUGCUCACUUCCUCCUGGGAAUGACCUCAGGAUGCUACCAGUAUCUCCUCUCUACCUGUCGCCUGUCCCAGUGUUCUGCUAGGCUCUGAAUUUGCCCAAUGGUUAACCCCAUAGGUUCUCAAAAACAUGAACAAAUCUUAAAAGCUCAGACCUUUGGCACCUUGGACAGCACUAUCCAUUCAGGCACCUUAUAGACAAAGAAUGCAGGGAACCAUUCACACACCUGUCAACCCUAGAAAACAUCCAGUUCUCAAAUCGUUUUCACUGUGGAUUUAUAUUAACAAGAACAUUAUUUUUCCUCCUGCUGGUGUUUUUAAGCUACAAGUUGGGAAAAUCUUUGGCAGGCAAAAGGAAGUCUGUGUUGAAUGAUAAUGAGGAUGGUCUGGGCAAAUGACCUGAGCUGGUGGGAAGCCUGGGCCAGAGGAAGGGUCUGUGUCAGUUACUGGGGCGGCUCUGAGGCCUGCUCCAAGAAAGCAGUGCGCUCAGUGGGAGCAGAGCAAGAUUCAGAAUUUACAGUAGUGGCUUCGUGGCUCUCUCCACUCCCUUCCUUUCCUCUCAGACUCCCUAAGACGACUUCACCAUGACUCUGCUUAAUGAGCAGCGGUGAUUGAGUUCAUGUUCCCUGCAAGUGCUAUUUCCCAUCUGGGAAUGGGCCUCUGAAGCUGAGGCCUGGCUCAGAAACUGUCUGCUCUCUCUUAAACACUUGGAAAAUAUUACUUUAAUUAUAACAGUUUGCUGUAAACACC